AUGACCAAUGUCGAGCUGAUGCGUGAGGAAAACAUAACUCUGGACAAGUUUUGGGAUAUAGCAAAUGAUCUGUUUUAUCACGAAGGUAGUGAGAGUGAGCAUCGUUGUUCAGAGGACAGAAUAAAUAUGUUGCUUGUGAAUUACAUCACAUUGGUUUGCGAGCACUGCGAACAACUCACCACUCCCGACAAAGAAGAUCAGUUCUACCAUGAGAUUUCAGACUUUGUGGUCAAUCUGGAUGAUUACCAGCUGAAUCUGCAGUUUUGUAUACGCAAAAUGCUUUCCCUAUUGACCUAUGGCGUGGAUCGCAACAAGUUCAAUUUGGAGCUAGAAAUUGAUCAUUUGGACUCUGAUGUUCAAGAUCAAAUCAACAUGUCCAUCAUGACAAACGAAAAACUCAUCAAGAUCAUUGGCUGGAUCCUUAUAGUGAACUACCAGUCCGAGAAACAGAAAGUGCUGGACAUUUUAAAAGAGUUCCAUGGGUUUGAGACUCUGGCCGAUGUUUUGUCGAACUACGCCCGAAUAUCCCGCAACACCCACGACAAGGACCCUUACGUGUUCAACUACUCUACGUAUCUGGAGCUUUCGUUUGAGCUGUGCAAGAACUACGAGUUUGACACCUCCGAGCUGGCUCAUAUCAGUACGCAGCUGCUUGAAUAUCUGUUUCACAGCCUGAAAGUUGCGCCCAAAGACGACGACAUCCUCAACUUUCUGAAAUUCAAGCUUCUGUUGGUGCUCAACGAACAGUUCAUGGUGGCUCAUUUCUCGUACAUUGCAGAAAACCCAACCCAUCAGAUGGAGAACCGGUUUUUUGUGAAAAUGACCGAGAAUAGCCAGCAUUUCCAAAACUUCAACGAAGUGCUUAUCCUCAACUUUAACAGAGAGGAGGACCCUGUGAUUCGGAUCCUCAUUCUGAAAGUGUUCUACUUGGUGUUCACCACCUCCAAUACGUGCAGCAACUUGUAUGUCAACGACCUCAGGCUGAUUAUAGACAUUAUGAUUCGAGAAUUGUUUAAUUUAUCCAUUGUCAACGAAGAAGCAUUGAUCAACACUUAUCUGAGAGUGUUAUAUCCAAUGCUACUUUUUUCUAGCAUCAAGGACGGAAGGUACAAAAGAGAAAGUUUGUACGAAGUUCUUAAAUAUUUGACGGCAGCAGAGCAGACCACAGAAACCACCAGACGCCUGGCCGAGCGAUGUUUGCUGCUGGACUUCUUUGUGGAGCCGACACCAAGUCCAAUAGCCUUGAAGCCAUCGUUUCCGCAGACGCUGAUCCGCCAUGACUCGUCUCAGUCGUCGAUUAUGAGCGAGUUGGAAUCGCCAGACUCGCCUACUCCGCUGCCUUUCGACCGUACUCGCAGCAACUCGUCCAGCUCGUCGUUGGACUCGAAAGGGGUGCGUCGUCGCAAGCCGCCUCCGCCGCCUCCACGCAGAUACAACCAACGCAACGGGUCCGAAUUGUUGUUGAGUCGUGCCAAGGUUGGAAAUAAAUAG